UCGGAAUUGACCGAAGCAAAACAUCGACGUUUCUUCAAUUCUUCUGAAACUAUUUGUGAUUUGUAAAUUAUCCGCCGCGACGACAAUGGCGGCCAACACAUCCCGAUCCCCAAUCACCCCCCUUAAUUCCGGAAUCCAUAACCCUACCUCUAACCGUAAUCGAUUCUUCUCCCUCAGACCUAUUCAAUCCCGUCGCAACUUCCAUUUUCACGCCUCCAGCUCUAGUAGUGGUAAAAGUAGCAAUGACAACAAAACCCAAGCAAUCGACCUGCAGAAGCUCGUCCAGGAUUCCCCUUACCAGUUCAAUUCCAGAGACUCUCUCCCAUCACUUCCUCGGCCUUUGACCUCUGCUCAGCUGUCGCACUUGGCGGCGGAAGGGCCUCGUCUCCGCGUCGCUUAUCAGGGCGUUCGAGGUGCGUACAGCGAGUCUGCAGCCGAGAAGGCUUAUCCGAAUUGCGAGGCAGUACCAUGUGAACAAUUUGAUACAGCUUUUCAAGCAGUAGAGAGGUGGCUUGUUGAUAGAGCGGUUUUGCCUAUAGAAAAUUCGUUGGGAGGCAGUAUACACAGGAACUAUGAUCUUCUACUCCGGCAUAGGUUGCAUAUUGUUGGAGAAGUUAAAAUUGCAAUCCGUCACUGCUUACUAGCUAAUCCCGGGAUCAAGAUUGAAAAUCUAACAAGGGUUCUAAGCCAUCCGCAGGCUCUUGCACAGUGUGAGAACACCUUAACUAAGCUAGGUCUGGUUAGGGAAGCCGUGGAUGAUACUGCUGGUGCAGCAAAGCAUGUUGCAUUCCAUGAGCUAGAAGAUGCCGGGGCAGUUGCUAGCUUAACUGCUGCUAAGAUCUAUGGUCUUGAUGUACUUGCUCAGGACAUUCAGGAUGAUACUGCUAAUGUGACUCGAUUCCUUAUGCUGGCUAGGGAGCCUAUCAUACCAGGCACCGAUAAACCUUUCAAGACAAGUAUAGUCUUCUCAUUAGAGGAAGGUCCUGGGAUGCUUUUCAAGGCACUGGCCGUAUUUGCUAUGAGGAAUAUCAAUCUCACCAAGAUUGAAAGCCGUCCACUGCCAAAGCGGACUCUACAAACAUCAGAUGACAAUUCCAUUGGCUUUCCUAAAUGCUUUCCCUAUCUUUUCUAUGUUGAUUUUGAAGCAUCCAUGGCAGAUGAAAGAGCUCAAAAUGCUCUAGGUCAUCUGAAGGAGUUUGCAACAUUUAUAAGGGUUCUUGGCGGUUACCCUGCAGACAAUGGCCUUCCAUAGCAACCUUGUAUUUAUGAGUUCAAGAUUGGAGGGUAACAAUUUAUAUUCUUCAGCCGUGCUCCCAUAUACAGUUUUGAAGUACUAGAGAUGCUAGAGAAAGAGCAAAUAAUGCCGCACUUUGCACAAGUUGCAGCUUCACUGGUGCACUUUUAUCUUUGAUGUAAGUACGCGGUUUGGUUUGUUCCCCCACCCUCCAAUAUUUUCUCCUUACCGGGCUGUAGUUUUUGUACACUAGAGAGUUAUUCAACAAAAUACACCACACACCUUCUCCA